GUGACGUCACGUCCGGUGUGCGCCAGGUCGGUUCCGCCGGGUGAGGGAAGAGCCGCCGACACCGACAUCUGCCGUUUGUUGCCCGGUCCGGUCAAGGCUGUCCGGGAUGUACGGGCCAUCGGGUUUAUCGGGGGCGCGCCGGCGGCCGGGCGCAGGGGGCGCGCUCCCCAAACACACCGAGCGGAGCCUGGCGUCGGCGGUACCAGGCGCACUUUCCGUGACGGCCUUGUGCACGGCGCUGGCGGAGCCCGCCUGGCUGCGCGCUCACGGCGGCGUGUGCCCGCGGCAGGAGCUCGGUGUGGCCGAUGUCCUGGGCCACCUGGACUCGGCCCUGCUGGAAGAAUAUUGUAUGAAUUCUCAGACUGUGCUGCUGCUGCGGGUCAUCAGUGCCUUCUGUUUCCUGGGGAUUAUUUGCAGUUUGUCAGCCUUCCUGCUUGAUGUGUUUGGACCAAAACACCCAGCGCUGAAGAUUACCCGCAGAUACGCAUUUGCACAUAUUCUUACAGUUCUCCAAUGCGCCACAGUGAUAGGGUUUUGUUACUGGGCAUCAGAGCUGAUCUUGGCACUUCAACAGCAACACAAGAAAUAUCAUGGUUCUCGUGUCUACGUGACCUUUGCAGUCAGCUUUUACUUGGUGGCAGGAGCUGGAGGAGCAUCCAUCUUAGCAACAGCUGCUAACCUCUUGCGACACUACCCAACAGAGGAAGAGGAACAAGCACUGGAAUUGCUGUCAGAGAUGGAAGAGAAUGAACCAUACCCAGUCGAAUACGAGAUUGUUAAUCAGUUCCAACCUCCCCCUGCAUACACACCUUGAUCAACAGGACAUAUUACCAUUUUUCACCUUAAAUCUGUCUUCGAUUUUUUGAACUUGUACCUUAUUCAAUAGAUUUCAUUUAGAAUGGUUGCCUUCAAUCUCUCAUCAUUCACACAGUUUAGCUCAACGAUUGCUGGUGUAUUGGGGGCUAGGAGCUGCAAUCAGCUUUAAGCCCAAAGUUUGUCGAUUCCUCUUGCUGUACCCCAAGCGGCAAUAGGAGCCUUUUGCAACUGGUUGAGGGGAGUGUUCCAUGUAAGCAAAAUACCUGUUCACACUAUUUAAAGAGGCAGCAUCUUAAAUUGUACAAUUUAAAUUUCAAGCUUGUAAAUAUUAAAUUUUUUUGUGCUUUUAAAUAAAUUAAAAUCGUGGGCUUCUAUCACUCAAUUAUGCUUUAUUUCACAACCAUUUAAGUGAUUAAAAAGUUUGAAUUAUUUUAAAGAAUUAAAAGUAGCAUUGGAUUUUAACUGGCAAGUAUAUUUUGCAAUACUACAAGGAUACUGUCUCUGAACCAUUGUUCUUAUAGUGUUGGCUUAUUUUCUUGUAUUCUCUCACUCACUGUUGUACAGUGGCUAUGUCUUAAUGCCAGGAUAUAUUUUUCUGUCAUUCCAUUAAAAAGGUGCCAGUCCUGAGCUUAAGAAUACAAAGUGCUGGGUGGGUGCCCAAAAUAUCACUUAUCCACAUCCUUCAGAGAUGCUGCCUGACUUACUCCAGCAAUUUGUGUUCUGUGCAAGAUUCCAGCAUCUGCAGUUCCUUGUCCAUCUCAGCUUAAGGGGACAUCAGGAAUUGUUAGAGUGGGUUACGAGAUAAAUCUAUAUUGUGAACAGCUAAGUGAUUGUCAGAUGGUGUGACUGGCCAUUUAGGGUUGUAAUAUUAAAUGUUUGACUAUUGCCUUUGAUAGAAGUCUAUUACCCUUCCCCUCACGUCACAUCAAGAAGAAAGCACUUUAUCAGAUUAAUUUUAGAAGAGAAAAAUAACUUGCAUUCAUAUGGCGCCUUUUAACAGGGCAAAACAUUCAAUACGCCUCACUUCAAAAGAUUAAGUGAACUUAAUAUAUGACCAAUUUUAUAUCUUAAGAAAGAUGGAAUUGUAGAAAAAGAAAAAAAAAUCUGAAUUUUGGUUUUCAGCUCACAACUCAGAGCAGCUAAUUUUUAACAUAUCAAGCGGCAGCAGUGACAGCUGUUAGAGCUGCCGCCUCACAGCACCUGGGGUCUGAAGAAGGGUUUCGACCCGAAACGUAACCCAUUCCAUCUCUCUAGAGAUGCUGCUUGUCCCGCUCAGUUACUCCAGCAUUGUGUGUUAUCUUCAAUCCUGACAAUGCGUGCUACUGUGUGGAGUUACACGCUCUCCCCGUGAUCCUCUGGAUGCGCUGGUUUCUUCGUACAUUCCAAAGGCAUGUGGUUAAUUAACCUCUGUAAAUUGCACCUGGUGUGUAGAGAGUGGGUGAGAAAGUGGGAUAACAUAGAACUAGUGUGAACGGGUGAUUGGUAGUCGGCUUGGACAGUGCCCGUUUUCCCGCUGUCAAUCAAUCAACCAGUGUGAAGAAAUAUCAACACCAACUUCUGGCAUUUGAUUCUGAUAGCAAAAACAUAGUGGAUUAAUUAAUCCAAUGUGAAGAUAUUCAAUGAGACCCAUCUGCUACAAAACAAUUAAUGACACUGGAAGUGAAAUAAGAAAUGGAAAAUUUACAUUUGAAUUAAGAUGGCUGGUCCUUUAGGCCAAUGCCUGUGGAGGCCAAGUCUUUGGAUUUCUUUAAAACAGAUUGAUAGGUUCUUGAUAGGUAAGGAUGUCACAGGUUACAGAGAGAAGGCAGGAGAAUGGGGUUGAAAGAGAAAGACAGAUCAGCCAUGAUUGAAUGGUAUAGUAGACGUAAUGGGCCAAUUGGCUUAAUUCUGUUCUUUUGUCUUAUGUGAUUAUUUCCAUGUGCGAUUUUGGUAGCUGAUGUACUAAAUGGGACUUGUUAUUAAUAGAAAUGUGCUGUCAUCUCACAUGCAUUUUCUUUCUGCAUAGUGAACUACACCAGUCCCUGGGGGGUUUUAGCAUCGUCUGCAGGCAAAUGCUGAUUCUUCCAACUGCAUUGAUGGAUGCUGGCAGAGCAACUGAUCAAGCCUAGUUCUCCAAAGCCAUUCUCCUUUUAUCCCUUUAGCCACUUUUAGCAUUGAUAGUUGGAGUGUGAUUAUUUGAGCAAGAAACUUUCAGCAAGGAUAGUUAGUUGACACGAAUGAUAAAUACUUAAUUCCUAAUCUCUGUCUGGGAUUACAAAGCUACCAACAAAAGCACAAUUAGAACAUGAAACUGCAGUCUAACAGAGCUGUGAAGUCACCUUUUGAUAACCACAUCAGACUGUCAAUAGUAUGGACUCAUUGUAAUAACAUUUGUCACAUAUUAAGAAUAUGGUACAGGUGCAUCUUCUGCUAUCGUGCAUUUCUAAAAGACAAAUUGAUUAUAAACAUUUUGAUUAGGAACUAGAGAAAUUAAUAAGCAGAAAAUAAGUAUCCUGGAUUAAAAUGAAUGAACCAGACCUAUUGCCAUGUAACUUUCCCAUUGUCUCUUAAGAAUACUGCUGGCGCUUUAAACCAGGGGUGGGCCAUUAGCCAUUUAAAUUGACAGGCAAUCGCUUCUGAUAUAACAUUGCGAGUCUGAAACUCUUGCCCUUAACUCUCUCCCCAUCAACAUAAUUCUCUUCAUAACAGGAUUUUCUGUACCAAGGUUACUGAGGAACACAAUUAUCAAGUAGUAGAACUACCCAAAUUCAAACUUGCACAUAAAAUUCUAACAAAGGCAACAGCAAUCAAGGAAAAGUAUUGAAAUUCUAGAAGUGUGCCAAACCUUUUACACAUUGUACAUUAAAUAAAUGCACCAGACCAAAAAAGCUUCUGAUGAAUUCUACUGUGGAAAGAUUGUCUGAAGCCUGCAUUUGUACAGCCGAUGACUUGUAAUAAAUGUUGAAUGUUGCGUCA